UAUUGACAUAUUUACGUCUUGCGUCGUGCAUCUCUAUGAGUGUUUGGUGUCGAGACAGAUGAGAUGUCAGCGAUGGAGGGAGAUUCCUUCACUCUCCGUACUGGUCUUACAGAAAUACAGAGAGAUGAUGAGCUCGAGUGGAGGUUUGGAUCGAGCAGAACUCGUUUAACCAGAAUAGCGGCGGGAAACAUUACUACAUACAAUGACGAGAAAUUUAGAGACAGACUGCAGCUCGAAAGACAGACUGGAGAUCUCACCGUCACAAACAUCACUAAUGAACACACUGGCGUUUAUCAACUGAGCAUCGUUAUCAGGAAUAAGAAGUCAACCAAGCGAUUCGCCGUCACUGUUUAUGCUCCUGUGUCUAUUCCUGUAAUCUUCAGUGAUGCUUCACAAUGUGCUUUAUCGGCUGAAAGAUCAUCGAGGAUCUUCCUGUGUUCAGUGUUGAAUGUGGAAUAUCAGGAUAAAAACACCUACAGCUGUGUAGUGAACAAUCCUGUCAGCACCCAGACCACACAUCUGGACAUCGAUCAACUCUGUCAAAUACAUUCAGACUGCAACUUUUGUUUUGACUCUCCUGAAGCUGUGAUCCGACUGGUCGUCUCUGCUUUGAUAAGUGUAGCUGCUGUGGCCGCUGUUGUUCUUCUGGUUAAUGACAUCAGAAGAUUCGGAAGAACACAGACAAUGAAACGGUGA